GACAUAAAGAUAAAAAAAAUCACAUAACAUUAAAACCCCUCCAUGAAGAAAGAAAAAACAGAUCUCAUUCAUUCACUCUUCCCCAUAAUAAUUUAAUUAUUUUUUUGUUAAGUUAAGGUAAAUAUAAUAUAAUAUAUUCUUACUAAUGUGGUUUCUGCCUCUAAAUCCACCACAAGAGCUCAAUGAAUGAGAUUUGGUAACCUACUUUUUCAUACUCUAAAAUUCUCUCACUUUAUUAUUAUCUACUCCAUCAUUGAAAAAAAUAAUGGUUCAUGUUUCUUCUCAACUCAUUGUCUUGGAAACUCAUCUUCUUCAACUUGAGUACUUUGUUUUAGGUUUGGCAUAUUGAAAAGGGUUUUAAAGGAUUUAAAGAACAAGUUUUGUUUUGGAGUGAUUGAUUAUUAGUUUGCUUUUGAUGGAUUGGGAUUGGAAAGAGUUUGCUUGGGAUCCAUCUGGGUUGGAGGAGAUGAAAAAUGGAGGAGAUUCAAUGGAUUUGAGGCUUGGUGAGGCUUCUGAUUCAUUGGAAAAAUCGGUUCGGGAUAGUGGGAGAAAGGGUGAUGAUUUGAAAGGCGUGUCGUCGUUUUCUGGAUCGUCGAAGAGAUCGCGGUUGCAGAAUGGAUUGCUGAAUAUGAUUUGCUCGGUUGAUGGAUGUAAGGCGGAUCUUAGUGAUUGUAGAGAGUAUCAUAAGCGGCAUAGAGUUUGCGAGAAACACUCGAAAACUCCUGUUGUGUUGGUUGGAGGUAAGCAGCAGAGAUUCUGCCAACAAUGUAGCAGGUUUCAUUCGCUUGCGGAGUUUGAUGAGGUUAAGAGAAGUUGCAGGAAGCGGCUUGAUGGGCAUAAUAGGCGGAGGAGGAAACCUCAACCACCUUCUCUUUUCAUGGCUGCUGAGAAAUUCAUGUACAAUUACAAAGGUCCUAGAAUCCUGCACUUUGGAAGCCCUCAGGCAUAUGUGAAUCCUAUUAUGAGAAACAUUUGGCCUGCCACUGCAAUAACCGAAGCUGAAUCAGGUUACGACCAUCACCGACUUUUGUAUCGAAUCGACAAACAUAAACAGGAUAAAGGACAUCCUCUUUGGCAAGAAACUGUCCCUAAAGCCGGCGAUGUUAACGAAGCAGCGCCAGGAGUUUCUAUCAGCCAGCCUAUCCGCGGUGCCGUUGGUUCGACCGCAGGUGGAAAAGGCGGUAGGAAGCUCUCUUCUGAUAGCAAACCUGGAUCUUUUGACUCGGGUUGUGCUCUCUAUCUUCUGUCAACACUUCAAUCACAAAGUUCCGAGUUGAGUUUGAUGCAGUCCAGCAUCAAGGACAGUCCAACACAGUCUUCAUCCGGAACGAUGCGUUUUGAUGCCACGAACGAGUAUUUGUGCUCGGGUAAGGUUAAAGAUAAGCCUAAUAAUGGUCAAGUGUUUGUUCUAGAUGCAAACACAACAAACCUUCAAUGUAAUGGGAUGCUGCAAAUGGGGCCUAAUAAUGGUUUGAUGGAAAACGAAAACUCGCUGACGCUGCCAUUUUUCUGGGAGUAAACUCUUUCGACGAUUCUGUUCAUUCGUCCGUUGUUUCUCCCGACUCUCCAACAUUGAAUUGUUUGGUAUUUGAGUGGUGUUAAGGUCUUUUUUGGUGGUUCUAUCAUCCGUCCGUGUCUGUUGUUGCUCCCGUCGCAACUCGAAGAUUGAGUUGAUGGGUCUUUUUGGGAAAUUUAUGGAAUUAUUGGUCUUCAAAACAUUGUGUGUACUCUAAUAAUUAAACUUAAACUAGUUGAAUUUUUAUGGUAAGUGUACUUUGUUCCCAUCAAUUCAAAUGUUGUAGCACAAUUGGUUGUAUGCAGUUUUGAAUACCAAGAAUUCAGAUUGAAAUGCAUGUAGUGAAGUAUUGACAUGCUGGUGGAUUAUAUGUCA